UGCGCGUCUGUAGUAUUUGCUCUGGAGAAAAGCUGCUCUCCGCUGGCUGCUAUGACCGAGCUACCGGACGGCACUCUCUGUUUUCAGCACUGACCGCUGCCUCGGAAAAAAAAGGAAAACACUUUUUGCGGCGUUUUUUGGCAACCGUACAUUCAACAUACCGUCGUUUAUGGUAGCAUUCCCGCGACUUUUUAAUCGUAGCUGCUGGCCUCCGGGGCUAGCUGGCUAGCCGAGCGGUGACAGAGUGGAGCCAGCUGGUCGGACACACACAGGGACGUUAGCAAACAAGCUAAUUAGCAAGAGAGACUGAGCCUGGAUUACUGUGUUUAAUCAAAGACAGCGCAGCUUUGCGGCUUUACUCACUGCGGUAAAAAUGAAGAUAACUGUGGAUUUCGAGGAGUGUUUGAAGGACUCCCCACGGUUCAGAGCCACCAUAGAGGAAGUGGAGGGGGAUGUGUGCGAGUUGGAAUCCAAACUCGACAAAUUGGUGAAGUUGUGUAUUGGAAUGAUUGAUGCUGGAAAAGCCUACAAUGCAGCGAACAAGCAGUUUGUUAACGGGAUCCGGGAGCUUGCCCAGCAGUCCACCAAAGAUGAGGUCAUCGAGUCCAGCCUCACAAAGUUUGCCGAGAGUCUGCAGGAGAUGAUCAACUAUCACACGAUAUUAUUCGAUCAGGCCCAGAGAUCUAUCAAGACCCAACUUCAAACAUUUGUCAAAGAUGAUCUGCGUAAGUUCAAGGAGGCCAAGAAGCAAUUUGACAAAGUGAGCGAGGAAAAGGAGGCAGCACUGAUAAAAAACGCUCAGGCUCCACGCAACAAACAACACGAGGUGGAGGAAGCCACCAACAUCCUCACUGCCACACGCAAGUGCUUCCGACACAUCGUCCUCGACUACGUCUUACAGAUAAAUGUCCUACAGUCUAAGAGAAGAUCAGAAAUCCUGAAAUCAAUGCUGUCCUUCAUGUACGCCCACCUGACUUUCUUCCACCAAGGCUAUGACCUCUUCAGUGAACUGCAGCCUCUUAUGAAACAGCUGGGAGGACAGUUGGACCAGCUGGUGGUGGAUGCUGCCAAAGAGAAGAGGGACAUGGAGCAGAAACACUCCACCAUCCAACAAAAGGAUUUCUCGAAUGACGACACCAAGCUGGAGUACAAUGUGGAUGCAGACAAUGGCAUCGCAAUGGAGGGUUAUCUGUUUAAAAGGGCCAGCAAUGCCUUCAAGACAUGGAAUAGGCGUUGGUUCUCCAUCCAGAACAAUCAGCUAGUUUACCAGAAGAAAUUUAAGGACAACCCUACAGUGGUGGUAGAAGAUCUGAGACUAUGUACAGUCAAACACUGUGAGGACAUUGAGCGUCGCUUCUGUUUUGAAGUGGUGUCACCCACCAAGAGCUGUAUGAUGCAGGCAGACUCGGAGAAGCUGCGACAGGCUUGGAUCAAAGCUGUCCAGAACAGCAUCGCCACCGCCUUCCGCGACAAGGGAGAUGACGGCGAGAAGCUGGAUAGGAAGUCGUCCACAUCGACAGGGAGUCUGGACUCUGGUGGGGAGCCAAAGGAGAGAUCACUGAAAGGAGAGAGUGCCCUGCAGAAGGUCCUGGCCAUCCCAGGGAAUGCCUGCUGCUGCGACUGUGGACAGCCUGAUCCCCGGUGGGCCAGCAUCAAUCUGGGCAUCACCCUCUGUAUACAGUGCUCUGGCAUCCACAGGAGUCUGGGAGUUCAUUUCUCUAAGGUUCGGUCUUUGACUUUGGAUACAUGGGAGCCAGAACUACUUAAGUUGAUGUGUGAACUGGGGAAUAAAGUUAUCAACCAGAUCUAUGAAGCUCGGCGAGAGGAGCUCGGAGCCAGAAAACCACAGCCAGGAGACCCAAGACAUGAGGUUGAGGCCUACAUCAAAGCCAAGUAUGUGGAUCGCAGAUUCAUCCGCCGGCCGUCAGACGAGGAGCUGCGCAACAAAGUGAUUUCUCUGAGCAAGCAGGAGAAGAGGCUGAGCAGCAGCUCUGAACAUCUGCCACCAAGACCACCCCCACCCACCCCGAAACUUCGACCUGGUUCUAACGUCUCUGGGCAGUCAGCUGCUGCCGGUGGCGCGGAGGCUCGCCGUGACUCUCUCUUCUGUCCUGACGAGCUUGACUCGCUCUUCUCCUACUUUGACACCUCCUCCAAGCUCAGGAGCAUGAAAAGCGCAGACAGCGGCAUUCAGAACAGUGCUGAUGGGAGCAGGGAGAUGCUGGCCAAUACCCCCUCCAACAACAGCCUGGCAGAUGCAGACGCUGCUGAGUCUCCGCCCAUGCCCAUGCCCAUGCCCGCCACACUGCCUCCUCCUUCACCCUGUAAGGAGAUGGUCUUCUACGAGCCCAAGGAGUACAGUCCAGGCCUGCAGCUCUACUGGGCGUCAUGCGCCCGCAGCCUGCCGGACAUGGCGGAGGCUUUAGCCCACGGAGCUGAAGUCAACUGGGUCAACACAGAUGAAGAGAAGAGGACGCCGCUCAUCAUGGCGGUGCAGGGGGGUUCGUUGGUCACCUGUGAGUUUCUGCUCCAAAACGCAGCUAAUGUGAACCAGCAGGACGCUCAGGGGCGAGGACCCCUCCAUCAUGCCACCAUGCUGGGACACACAGGGCAAGUGUGUCUAUUCUUGAAAAGAGGAGCAAAUCAAAAUGCUGCAGACAUUGAUGAGAAAACACCCCUGACUAUAGCGGUGGAAGCAGCCAAUGCAGAUAUUGUCACACUGUUGCGACUGGCCAAGAUGAAUGAGGAGAUGCGGGAGGCAGAGGGGCCCUACAGCCAGUCAGGAGAUGAAACCUACCAGGACAUUUUCCAGGAUUUCACCCACAUGGCCUCCAACGAUCCAGACAAGCUGAACCGCUACCAGCAAUACGACCCUCAGAGACCCUGACACUGAAGGAGCACCGUCCACUAGCGGUCAGAUAGACUCACAGAAACUAUGAGAUGUCUGGAAUGACGUCCACUUUCCCUCCAACAUCAUUCAGAAACUGUUUGAAAGCAGCAGCCUGUGCUUAGCUGCUGCAAACACACAGCAUCGUAUCUAAUGCGGCCGAAGCUCCCUUUUGUCAGUUUCAUUUUGUUUGCAGCUUUUGUUUAAAACUUCAAGCAUUUCAGUCAAGUGAAGGGGAAUGUCUGUGAGUGGACCUCACUUUUUAAUCUUUUUAAACUGUGCUUCUCAGUAGGGCCUAUUACAUUAAGUAAAUGGUACAGUGUUAAAGCCUUUGAAUGGAUUUGCAAAGGCACUAGUGCUAAUUGAACUUGGUCUGAAUGUAGAGCGGCUAUCAGGGCUGUCAGUUAUUUUGGCCUAGUUCAAUUUUUCAUGUCACACUUCCUGAUAGAAGAAAGUUAAAUACUUCAUUUCAUUUUUAAAGUGUUUUCCCUUUUCAAUAGGAUCCUUAUGAGCAUAAUUUUUGUAUCACAGUUUUGCUUUAGACUCUCCGCAGCCUUAUACACGGCAGCAAGCUUUUACUUAUUUGCACAAAUCGCUUUGUCUUAAAUCGCCACUGAGGUUUACCAGUUUUGAUGGUAACUUUGACACGUUAAACAGUGUACAGUGCUUAUGGAAGCAAACCCGUUAUUGAUUUAUGUGAUGUUAAAUAGAUAGUAGUUGAUUUCAAAGGACUUUUACAUGCUUGUGUUUUUUUAAAAUAUGUUUUUCUGAUUGAAUUUUCCAUGUUAGUACCUGCAGUACAUGUUAAUGAGGCAGUCAGCCCUUCAGCACCAUAGUUCUGUGGAAUUAAAAUGCCGUGAGUUGUUUUGAAAUGGUUGUUAAUUUGUAGAUUCACUCUCAAGGUGAUAUGAGAUUAACAGUAUCGAACUGCAGAAUACCUGAGGCUGUUCAUACUCGGUUUAGAAGUGCUGGUAACACUUUGUUUUAUGGAUCCACCACUUUCCAAACGUUUCCUGGGUUGAACUGUGCAGGAUUUUUCUUGUACACCUCCUUUGUUUUUUUUUUUUUCCAUUGUCACAGUUGACUUGUGACACCUCAAAAGUGACAAUAACUACAGCUUCUUACUACCAGAUCCAAAAUUCAGGAGGUAACAAACACUCACUGAGCAGCUUCUUCAUCAGAAGUACAACAGAAAAGCUCAUGGCAUGCGUUUACAGCACAACCAAACAAAGCUGGUUUGUUGUCAAAUAUAGAUCAGUCGGCAUAAAUAAAGCCCUCUAUCCAUCAUGCCAUUAGAAACCACAGGUUGGUUUCAUUCUGUGCACGGCAUGACUAGAUUUCCACACAACAGCAGCACAGUUUGACAUCUCGCUGAAGACUUGGAGGUUUAAAAAAAUGUCACCUGCAACUCUUCAUCUACGUUCUUCAUCUAUUUUCAUCACUGCAGCUGCUCCUUAUUGCUGAAUUAAUCCCCAUGAGGAAGGUAAAACUGAUCAGCUCACUAAAAACCCUGAAAAAGGCUGUUGUUUUGUAGAGAAAUACUUAAACAGCAGCACUGCGUCUUGUCCUAUAAAUCACUUGUGUGUAGUUCAGCCAAUUGAAACAGACCAAUAAUAGAAACGGCUAUUUACAGUAGACAGAUGAAUAUUGAAUGGAAAUUCUUUGAAUUGAUAGUGCUGACACAAUGCUGACCUUAAAUUGGGUUCUAUUAAAAUUUUAUAAUGUUGAAUCAAAUUCUUACCUCGCUGAUCUACUGCUGUUAUUCGUUGUCAAUUAGAUGUUCAGCAGUUGAACCCUGUAUGUUAACUAUGAUUAAUAGUAAAACACUUUAUUACCUUUCGAGGUGACUUAUUAGGAAGUCAAUAGGAAAUCAUUUGGGAAAUUAGAAACCUGUAAAAUGAAGUGUUACAGAAAUACUGCACAUAAACCAAACUGCCCGUUGAGAUUCUGUAAGUGUGUGAGUUAUCAUGUGUUGAGACAUUUUCAGUUACAGAGCGACUCUGUACAACCUUCUUUAGACGCCUGCAGGUGAAAUCUUCCAGUAUCAAAGUGAAUUCUGCAGAUUUAUUACCAGGAGUUUUGUGAUUGUCUCUGUGUUUGUCUUCGACACUUCAGUAUACAGUAAGGUAUGAUGUUAGCCAUUAUUUGACCGAUGCAACAUGGGAUACAAUUCUUGUACAUUUUGUACAGAUGCUUUUGAAUUCUCCAGAGGACUGAAGUAUAAAGAUAGUGGUACUUGAAUCAUUAAAUAAGCUUUUGUAUAUGCUGUUCUUUGUAUCCUUCGAUGAAUUUAGCCUGUUUUAUAUCACCUGUCUGUACACCAAUAUACAUGUGCUGUAUAAUAUACCUGUAACAUGCAAAGACUUCAAUACAUACUGACUAAGAUUCA